GAUAUCUGUACUUAAGCAGCUCGCUCCCUUCUCCUUUCAUUGCUCUUGCAUUUGCACCAACAGAUAUAUUACUGUAACAACGUUUGCUUUCGACAUCUUGACCAUAUAUCUGAAGCCAUAUCGAACAUACACACACGCAUAUAUUCAUAGCACGACCUUAUAGCCUAGCUAAAUCGUAUGUAGACGAUGCAAGUCCUGUGCAUUGCGAGAUUGUAGUGGCUAGUUCUAAUAAAAAUUUUCAAUAGUACCGUUAUCAUCCGACGAAAACUCCAAACCAACAAACUUUGUUAUUCGUCAAAAUGAAGAAGCCUUUUACUUGUUGUGAAGUCUCCAGUAUGUGGAACAUCUUCAAAGCAAAGAAGAAGUCACCCGAAGGGGAAAAGCCUCUCGAAGAGAUAAAAUUCGAAACAACCCCCGUACAUGGCAUGUAUAGAACCGACAAAACUGGAAGAAGAUUCCUCAUUGCCAUCCAACCAAUAAACAAUCGAAGAGAUAGUGAAGGCAUAUUUCGAGUCGCUCCUACCAGUACUGUUCCCACUAUCUCCUCUGGUCAACCCUCUCUCACAACCAGUGAGGCUAGCGAAAGCCUCCCCGCCGAACAAGUCGCUGCAGGAUACAGCUACCUUUGCGAUCAACUUGAGGUACAAUACAGUGAUAUUUUGAAACGUUGGAUGUUCAAGGACGAGCUAGAAAAACGAUAUAUCCGACCCGUCGAAUGCGACGGACAAGCGGUCCACUUGUUUCGCCUCGACAACCCCGCAAUCUAUGUUGUCGUUGUAAAUGAAAAGGUGGGAAAAAACGGAGCACCAUCCUUGAGGCCCAAGGCACCUAAAAAUCAUAAGGGUAUCGAUGAAAACCUCUGGUGCCGCAACUACCUUAAUGGUGCCUUCAGAAUGAUGGAAAUUGACGAGGCGGAAAUGGCACGACAGGAAAUGGCAGAGAAAGGACACGACGCUUGGUGCGAGACGGGGAAUCAACCUUAUCUGAAGAUUCAGAGAUAUCUGCAAAGCACCAUCUCUUUCAAUAUACCUUUUGCAAAUUGAUUUAAAUGGUAUAUACUAGGAGUGGAUAUGCAAAGUUGUUUAGGAGUUCCAUGGAAGCAAAGAUAUCUCUUCCUUGAUCUUGAUACCAGCUGGGCAUAAAGUCAUCGCAUUGCAUAUUACGGCUGCACUUGCAGAUAUACUAAUUGGGGAUCAAUUUGACAACAUCACUGAUGUCUCUCGAAAUUAAUACACGACCGCGAAUCCACCUGAUCAUCGAACUUCAGAUGAACAAUCGGAA